AUGACCGACGUUGAAAUGAAGCCAGAGGACGGUGAGAAGAAAGAAGCAGAAGGAAAGGACGCGAAGAAGAACAAGGAGGACGAGUUGAAGGACAAGAAACCACCCCCGACCCCCGUUGCGGAGAUCAAGACGAACGUUACGCUCAUCGAAAGAGCGGUGUCGACCUUGGAGCCUCGAUUCACCCACCGCGUCCUUCGCACCUUGACUGCAUUACGGAAAAAGCUGAACAACAAGGUACUGAGGGAUGCCAUUGAGGAGGUCUAUGCCAAUGCCGAUAUUAAUUCCACCCCGAAGAGUGCACUUCUCGCCUGGCUGCCUCCCGCGCUGCCACAAGAAGAGAGCACUAUGGAUGUUGACUCUAUUCCCGCUCCUUCACCACCGCAAUCUAGACAAUCGCAGCCUGAGCUCGUGCCCGAAUGCGAGGUCUACUUCCGUCUUCUCAUAUUGCAUUAUCUGCUUGUGUCUUCUGAAACUUACAAGCAAGCAAUGGACCUUGGACACGAAACGAUUCAGCGCAUACAGGCGCUCAACCGGCGCAGUAUGGAUCCGCUUUCCGCCAAGGUUUGGUAUGCAGUAGAGCGUGCCUACGAGCUUGGGGGAGAGCUCGCGGACGCAAGGCCAUUAUUUCUUGCUGCCCAGCGGACGGCGUCAUUACGACACGACGAUGAGACACAGGCAUCUCUGAUAAAUCGCUUGCUGCGUAGCUAUCUCCAUUACAACCUAUACGAUCAAGCGGACAAGUUGGUCUCGAAGACGAAAUUCCCUACAUCUGCGGGAAAUCCACAAUUCGCGCGGUAUAAUUAUUUCCUCGGUCGUAUCAAAGCUGUGCAAUUGGGAUACACUGAAGCUCAUAACAACCUGCAACAAGCUAUCAGACGUGCACCAGCCGCGAAGACAGCGCCGGGCUUCUACCAGGCUGUGCACAAGCUGUCGGUGGUGGUUGACCUAUUGCUGGGUGAAAUCCCGGACCGCAGUCUUUUCAGGCACCCUGUUCUUGAGAAGGCCCUAAGUGGAUAUUUUGAGAUUGUGAAAGCGGUGCGGAUGGGUUCUCUUUCGCAAUUCCAGUCGACGCUAUCUAAGCAUGCGGCUGAUUUCGAGAAGGAUAAGACAUACACGUUGAUCGUGCGACUACGUCAGAAUGUGAUCAAGACUGGCAUACGGCGGCUAUCGCUAUCUUAUUCACGGAUUUCGCUCAGGGACAUUUGCGUCAAGUUGCACUUGGACUCAGAAGAAGAUGCAGAGUACAUUGUAGGCAAAGCUAUCAGGGACGGUGUCAUCGAAGGUAGGAUUGUGCACGAGAAGGGGUGGAUGGAGUGUGGCGGACAGAAAAGUGGUUACGGUCCUGAGGUCAGCGACGUCUUUACACGACGUAUUACGUAUUGUCUUGAGCUGCACAAUGAGAGUGUAAAGGCGAUGCGGUAUCCGCUGAACGCUCAUCGCAAAGAGCUCGCUGCUGCGGAAGGUGCGCGAGAACGCGAGAGAGAGCUCGCGAAGGAAAUUCAAGAGGGUGAUUUGGACGAUGACGGUCCCGAUCUUGGGGAUGGUUUUUAA